AUGUUUAGUCGUUUUCCCGAAGUCCUCAUGAUCGACGCCACUCAUGGGACAAACGUGUCCAAGUACAAAGUCUUUUCUUUUAUGCAUGCUCUCGUCCAAAACGAGCGCUACGAAACUUUGGAGACGGCCAUCGAGACUUUUAAAAAGCAUAACCCUGCUUGGGAAAAGCUGCGGUGUGUGGUGAUUGAUAAGGACUUCACGGAAAUCAGUGUGCUGAAGGCAGCGUUCCCGAACGUGACAAUUCUUUUGUGUCACUUUCACGUGAUCAAAUAUUUGCAUGAAGAUAUAGCGAACUCGGAGUAUGGCUUUACUGCGUGGCAAAAGGAGCAGAUCCGGGCAUCGAUCUACUUGCUCGUGUAUUCGAGUACCGAGCGGGAAUAUCAGAAGAAUCGUCGUUUCAUGAGUUACUUGAUCAACUUGGGAGCUGCCGCACGUAGUACUGCCGAGGUGCCACCGCCGGUCUCGUCAUCGGAGCAAUCCGAAGCUGACCAGGAAGACCCCAACACAUUGGACGACCCCUCGCACGGCUCUAAGCAUCCAUUUGAGAUCUACUUCACGAACAAUUGGGACAAUUGCAAGGAGAUGUGGUGCGCGUACACGCGCCAAUCUGCUCUAACGCUCGGUAACAAUACGAAUAACCGCCUGGAGUCAUCCUGGAAGCAGCUGAAGGAUAUUCUGGAUCCGUUCAUGAAAGUGGACGAGUGCAUUGCGGCCAUGAUGUCCUACCAGGCGCAGAUGGAGGAAGAUUUUAUCUCUCGGGUUUUUAAGCUUAGUGUCGUCCAACAUGCUGAGUACGACGAAGAAAUGAGUCAUCUCGCCAACCUCGUGAGCGAACAUGCUUGCCAGCUGAUUCACAAGCAGUAUCAAUUCGCUCUAACUCGCGCUGCAUACCGAUGCUCAGAAGCGGUACCCGGGAUCUAUUUUAUCCAGAACGACAUUGACGAAGAGGAUUAUCUUGACGAGCCGGCUGCUGAGUACUCGGUUACGCGAAGGACUUGGACCUGCUCAUGCAAGUUUAUGUGUACGCAUCUCUUGCCUUGCCGCCACAUUUUUUAUUUGCGAAAGAUACUUAAGAUGGAGACGAUUAUCCCACCGCAGUGCCUGGAAAAACGACGGCUCUUAUCGGCAAUAAGAGCACGGGUUAAUACUGUACCCACUCGGAGAUCCGCACCCUGGGACGUGAAUCGCAAAUAUCGGGAAGCAAAUGAAGUUGCGUCGGGAAUAUGUGGUACAAUGAGUGGGUUUGGCAUGCCUGAAUAUCGAAAGGCGUUGGGUAUUUUAAAACGUAUGGAACAGCUUAUCAAAAGUGGCCAAGUGGAGACAAUUGGACACCUACUACUCACGUUGGUUCCACCUACGUCGCAUAAUAUGCCCGAGGCGGAGCCUCUCAUGCAGUCGACAAGCUUACAAGAAGAUCGAAUGCCGUCUUCACCUCCAGUUCCACCUCCGAUGGCCUUGCUUGGGUCGCCUACAUAUUCUGCAAGAGCAAUGAUCGAGCUCCGCCCAUCCGAUCCUGCUGGUGCUGAAAACAGUGAGCACACUCAAAGCCAACGGAGCGAGUCAAAUCGUGGCGAAAGUGUAGGCGAUCCCGCCGGUGCUGCAGCCAUCGUGCAGCCGGUAAUCUCCCAUACCAAUGACCGUAACCGAACCUCCUCGGGUGAGUCUAAUCCUCGACAAAUUACGCUCACUAAACGAACCACCCAUGUUGACUUCGGAGUCGAGGGCCCACCCCAAGCACGCGGCCGACCCCGCCAGAACCGAAACCUCAGCCUCGCUAAUUUGGACGAGGCGCUGAGAAGUACCCUGACCAACUGCUCAACGCAAUUUUUCCGAAAGUUCAACGUGUACAACUUCGCCAAGCGCCCAAAAGCUCCGACCGCAUAUGUGUUUUCCAAAAUACCUACUGGGAAAACAAUACUGGAGCUGCUGGAUCUUACUCGCGUCUUACCAGCGGAAUUACUACAGAGAUGUCAGGCAAAGGUCACGGCUCUUCAAAAGAAACAUGCAGAUCUUGCUGAAAUAGAUACGGCGUUGGAAAUUCAUGGAGUUGGAAUAUUUUCCGCAAAAUGGCACCAAACUAUAGCGGCUCUGAAUCGGAUCGACACGGCGAUCCGGUGGAUCGAGACAAUUGAUUUUCGCCAGCAAGUGCCCCAGAGGUACUUUACGCAACUCGAUGACGAGCUUCCACAACGGAUUAGGCAACUGGACCCACUCGCAAACACUGUAGACAGAAUCACGGCAAAGCUAUUCGGGCAAGAGAGAUCGAUUAUUGCUCUUCAUUCGACACUGUUCGGCUGUGUUGUGAACGGAAAAACCACCACGGACAUGGCCACGAUCGAGAAUGCUUUUCAUGGCCUUUCGACUGAGAAGAUUUUGAUUCCUAUCAACUGUAAUGGAAACCACUGGUGUUCCAUCAUGAUCGACAUGAAUACGGCCAGCAUCAGCUACUACGACCCAAUGAGCUCUAGCUACGCGUCGAGUGCUAGAAUUCUAGCAGAAAAGCUGAAAGGUAUCCUAUCGAAAACUAGCUGCCGACACUUUCGUACUUCGGCAUAUGUCACGGACAUGGGCGUUCAAGUUGAUAGUUACAGUUGCGGGAUGUUCGUCUUACUUGCAUUUGAAGCGUUUUCGGGGGGCAUCGCUCGGGUACCUUAG